ACCAGAUAAUGUGUGGUGUUGCUUAAGGUGUUUUGGUUUUUGGCUUGCCAUAUCUGGUACUCCCCGCAGGCCAAGAGAUCCUCAAAUCUUGGCCGUCCAAUCAACCACCGAACUGUGCUCAACCGAGUACACGUGCUUCCUAUCAUUCCUUGCCCCCUUUGCUUUUUUUUUUUUUCUUUUCUUAAAAAACCGCCCUUUUAAUUACUCUAUUUUAUUUUUCUUCCAUGCAUGGAAUUCUCCUCCAACUACAACACCACCAACAAGAGAGAACCAAGGAGAUAAAUAUAGAGAGAGAGAAAAAGAGAGAGUAAUGGUUAGUUCUAACUCUUCUUCUUCGGGGGCAUAUUCAGUAGUCUAGCAACAACAAAAAACAACAACAACCCAUCUCUCAAAAUUCGAUUUUUUCCAUCGCAAACCCGUUAAUUUUGUUUGCUUGGGAAGCAGAAGUUAAAGGGUCUCUUACAUCUCUUCUCUUCUCUCUUGUUAUGCCUUUUUCUUUUGUGGGUCUGAUCCUUUCUUUGUACUUAUGGAACUGUCACAUCUGAACCCUUUGAUUCUCUUUCUGAUCACCACCUGGGUUAAAAAGCAAGAAGCUUCGUGAUCUGUUUUUCUGAACUUGAUCUGAAUUUGUCUCUUAGUCUCUUACCUCACCUCACCUCACCUUUCUCUCUCUCUCUCUCUCUCUACCUUCAACCGUUUGUUUGUGUGUUCAUCACAUGAUCAUGGAAUGUGCAUACACACAACACAGUCCUUGCGGAUUUUGAGAUUUCAUUGUUCUCGUUAUUCGUUACUCAUGAUGAUGUCGUAUCAAUCAAUGGAGGAGACGAGGAAGUUUGUGUGCAAGUAUUGCAGCAAGAGGUUCCCUUGUGGGAAGUCUCUGGGUGGCCACAUCAGGACUCACAUGAUGAGUGAGUAUCAUCAUCAUUCAGCUUUAGCCAAUGAAGAGAGGAACAACAACAACAACAAUGCUGCUAAUGCUAAUGCUAUGUUCAAGUUUGAUGGUGGGAGAAAGAGGAAGAGGGAUUUGGGGUCUGAAGAAAAUGGGAACAACAAUUAUGGUCUCAGGGAGAACCCCAAGAAGACCACGAGGUUUGUGCACUCCAAUGCCACUUUGCAACUUGACAAGUUCUGCAAAGAAUGUGGGAAGGGUUUUCCAUCAUUGAAGGCUCUUUGUGGCCACAUGGCUUGUCACUCUGAGAAGGACAAGCGAAGGUUUGCUACUGAGAAGCAGAAAUUGGUUAUGGAUAGUCAAUCUGACACCGAAACUUCUUCUGCUCCAAGGAGGUCCAAGGGAAUGAAGUUCAAGACCCUUAGCAACAACAACCAACCUCAAUCUUCUUCUGUGUCAGAGGUUGAGCAGGAGCAAGAAGAGGUGGCUAGGUGCUUGAUGAUGUUGUCUAAAGAUUCUAGCUACAAGGGUCGCUUUGCUUUGCUCACAGAGUCUUCUGACAACAACUCGAUUGUCAUUACGAAGUCACCUUCUCUUGAAACCAAGGUUACUACUAUGAUCAAUGGUUACGGUAAGAAUUCUAUGUCUAGUGCUUAUGUGGAGAGGAAGCUGGAGCUGGAACAGAACAAGGACUUGAAGUUUAAGUCUGCUGAAGUCGGCUAUGAUUCUGACAAUUCAGAUUCUGGGUAUUUCAGAUAUGGUCCUAAGUCGGAUGUUUCAAAUGAUGAUGGGUUUUUCAGGAAUGAGGUUAAGUCUUCGAAAGUUGGGUACUUGAAUGGUUUUGAUCAGGAGUAUGAUGUUGAAUCGAGGAAGGUGCUGAGCAGGGGAAGAAGCAGGAGCAGUGAAUUUAACGAAUUUGUUUUGGAGGAUUGGGAGAAUUAUGAUAGAGAGGAUGGUGUGGCUGCAAGAACAUUUGAUUCAAAGAAAUUUAAGAAGUCCAACUAUGAUGAUUCUCUUGGUCAAAAUUUAGGUGGGGUUUCUACUAGGAAGUAUGAGUGCUUGACUAAUGAAAUGUACAAUGGUUGUUCUGAUGAUUCUGCUUAUGAGAGUGAUGAGAACAGCACUGACACUGAUUCUUAUCCUGCUCCAAAGGCUCACAGCAACAGGAACAACCUCAGUGUCCAGAAGGGGAAGAAGAAGAAGAAAUUGAAGUCAAAGAAAAGCAAGGCACAUGAGUGUCCAAUUUGCAACAAGAUUUUCAGGUCAGGCCAAGCCUUGGGGGGUCACAAAAGGUCCCAUUUUGUUGGAGGUUCUGAGGAAAACACACUUGUGAUAAGGCCAAGUGCUCCUCCUGCUGCUGUUCCUUGCCUCAUUGAUCUCAAUCUACCAGCACCGGUUGAUGAAUAGGGAGAAAGAAAUGUUGGUGCCAAAAUCCUGGUUUUUUUUUUUUUUGCAUCAUUUUGAAGCAUCUUCUGUUGAGGUAGCUGAAUGUCUCUGGAGUUCUGAAAAUGUCUUGUCUUUAUCCCCAUAUGAUGAAAGCAAUGACAAUGUACAGACAAGUGGGUAAUUGGUUUUUGUUCCUAAGGCCUUAGAUCCAUUAUUUGGUAGGGGUAGUCUUUCUUUUUCAUGUUUAUGGGAUAUAAGAACUUACUAGUUUCUCCAUUGAAUUUUUUCUUUACUUCCUUUAUCAAGUA